CACUUAUGUUAGUUAAAAAGCAUAGAGAAAUGAUCAUUUUUGAUGCUGUUUCGGUUAGCAGCAGCAAUAUAUAUGCCGAUCUUCUUCUCUUAAAUAACUCCCACCCAUUUCUUUCAUAUAUACUUUUUCCUCAUUUCCACACUUCCACAAAUCUCCACACAAACCCCGCUUUUUUACUCCGUUAUUCGCAGCAUGUCCAUUUUCCUGUCUUCAUUUUCACUCAUCAGUCGAAAUUUUUCUUCUUCCGCCUUCAUUUUUCCUCUCCUCAAAUAACGACCAACCUGUCUACUAUGCUUUUCCAACUAACUUCUCACAAACGCCCCCACUUUCUUUUACAUGGAGAGUUCCAUUACUUCUCCCACACUUGUCUCGCUUAUUUAAGAAAUCAUUUAAUAAUCUACACAUAUCCGAAUCCAAAAAGCCCUUUUAAAAUUUUCCAUAUUAAAUCGCUAUUCAUUUAA